AUGACUGAAACAUCCGACACUUCUGGCUCAGCAAAAUCAUCUGCUCGCAUCUCGCUUGCAUGUGUGCCAUGUCGCGAUCGACAUAUGCGCUGUGAUGCGGUGAUGCCUGCAUGUUCUCGCUGUGUCACGGAAAAGAAGCAAUGUGUCUAUCUCAAGUCGCGCCGUGGAGGUCGCCGCCGUCUGCAGCAGCCAACUGAGCUGCCAUCGCAAGCUUCGCGCGAACCGUGGAAUUGGACCAGAACGGAGGGCAGUAUGGGCAAUGUAGAUGAGCUCGUUGCGACACCAAUCAGUAGUGACGACAGCAGCGACCCAGACCAGCUUUUGCAGUGCUACUAUUCCUACUUUCACGCUGCGCAUCCAUGUGUGCUCCCAUAUCGCUUCCUCAAGCGGCGCCUGACCACGGAGCCAGAGACGCUGCAACUUCUUUUCCUGGUGAUGCAGUACAUUGGGGCAAAUUUCACAGUCGCAAUCCAGUCCAUCUCGCCGGCCACGAGAAUACAAGAGUUCCUAGCUUCCUUUCACGCGCGACAACCGCGGUUCACCGGUUUCGACGUGCAGGCGGUUCUACUCUUCUCGAUCGCCGUGUACUGGUGCGAUGAAAUUGACCACGGCCUAAGGUUUCUUGACGAGGCGAUCCAGAUGGCGUUAAAACUAGGCAUGAAUCAAAAGAGGUUCUCCGCGCAAUAUGGGCAGGGUGACCCGGUGCUUGAGGAAAGCUGGCGGCGGACAUGGUGGAUGAUUUACAUCGCAGAUGCGCAUAUGGCUGGCAGCACUCACACCUACCCGUUACGCACCACCAACAUCCCCAUGACGGUGGACAUGCCCUGCGAGGAGCAUGACUAUGAGUCUGGACAAAUCCCCCAACCGAAAUCUCUCCAGGAAUACGAUAUGCGAGAAUUCUUACCUGAGGACAAACAAGGAUUCUCUUCAUUUGCAGAGCUGAUUGGGCUGACACGAGGCAUUGGCCUCGCACUGGCUCCCGGUCGUAGCCCAGAAGACCCUAUACAGCACAGUUCAAUGUGUGCUAAUGCUGACACCAGCAUUGCAGCAUGGUAUUCAUUGCUUCCACCAUCGAAGAGAAACGCAGUCCGGCGUGAUGGAUCUCUUGACGAACUGCUGUGUAAGGCUAAUUUCAUUCUUCACGCGUAUACGGUUGAGAUGCAUCGCCAAUUAUCCUCUCUGGCGUAUAGCCCGGUUGAAGCCUUGUGCAAAUGUUCUCCCCCACCUCCUCCUGAGGCCCAACGUGGAUGCAACAACCUCGAAACUCAGACGCAUACCUUCAAGUGUCUCAAGGCCAUUGAGAAGCUAAAUAAUUUGAUGACUGUCCCCAUCAACAUCGCGACACAUACCCCAUUCAUCAUAUGCAUGAUCGCCAAUGCCACCAUUGCUCAUCUUUCAGCCUGUCGGUACAUCUACCAAGGGGUGCAGCUGGAGCUCAGCCGGGAGAAGAUCCGCCUAAGCAUGGGGACUCUGAAGAUCAUGAGCGAGUACUGGCUACAGGGGAAAAGGAUUUACCAGGAGGUAGGUAUCAUUGCUCGGGAGAUUCUUUGCCUAAGGGAUCAGCACUUCAGCGCCGUGGUCCCUACAGAAGGGUCUGAGAGAGAAGCCUUGGAGCCGCUGCCACCAGAUUUUGGGCUUGGUGGCGUUACCGAUUUCUACGAUCUGUUCGAUUUUAACUUUCGCAACUCCAUAUCUGUUAAUGGAGUUGAUCACUCGGGAGGGUGA